GUGAAUGGGUGAAAUGUUCAUCCCGCGGCUGCCGAUUGGGAAAGAAAAACUUCUAGAGGCGGGCUUUCAGUGAAACGCGCUCUCGGGUUGGCUUAAAGGGCACAGAUUUGUUAGAUUGACAAGACUGGGGCUUGAGAUUUACCUUAGCUACAUUGUGUUUUCAAAAAAAAGUAACAAUCUGAUAGCGGAGCCGCAAGUGCAGCGCAGCGCACGGCACUGAGGGGGAAGGAGCUGUAUCCCGGGAAAAUCAGCAACCGGCGUCCAAGGAGCGGUGCGUUGGACUGAGGAAAAGCAGGCGAAAGCGUGGAAAAAGAAAGUGAAAUAGAACAAAACGAAGAAAAUAGGUAAAUUCACACCGCGUUUCGGGUAAGAGCAAUGGGGAGUUUACCUGGACUCCGAUGUCUGCAUUUAUAAAGGAGAGACGAUACGUUGGGAGAAGGAAUCGGCUGCGCGGCCGGCACCAAGGACCCUCACACCCACCUCGAGAGAAGAUUAAAUAAGUAAAAAUGGAACAUCUCUGAAAGUUUACACCUGACCUAGCUCCUUGUGUUGAGCCGGCGCUUCCACUUCAGUUACCAGGAGAGCUACCCGGAGGCUGCAGAAUAGUGGCAGCUCCAGCCACUCCGAUCGGGGAGCAUGUUGCAAUUAAUUUAAUGUUACCAGCAAGAAGCGAGAAGCGAGAACCGGAGAAAUUAACGAGUUAACCACGAGGAGAUGAUCAAAUAUUAAGCUUUCCUUUCGUUUAGUUUUUCAAGAUUUCCCCUGUUUGUUUAUCAGAGCGGCGGCUUCGGAUGUCGUGGACAUUUCACCUGAAUUCGCUUCUUCCCAUAUCCAGCCAGUUAUGAUUGAGAGUGGUCAGGUGUGGCUGUGUUUAACCUUGCCGGGAGACGAGGAAUUGGGGCUGUAAAAUUCCGGGGGCAGAGAGUUCGAGGCAACGACCAGAAGGCGGUUGGACCCUUGUUUACACUGGAUGUUAUGGCUCCUCGCUUGCAAGGGCUGUCAGUCCUGGUUCGCGUCUGUUUUUGUCUUGCGGGGCUGGUGGGAGUCGCUCUCUGCGCUUCCAAAGCAAUGGUUUGCCAGGAGAUUACGGUGCCCAUGUGCAAAGGCAUAGGCUACAAUCACACCUACAUGCCCAACCAGUUCAACCACGAUAACCAAGACGAAGCGGGACUAGAGGUGCAUCAGUUCUGGCCUCUCGUCGAGAUCCAAUGCUCCCCAGACCUCCGCUUCUUUCUCUGCAGUGUCUACACCCCCAUCUGCUUAGCGGACUACAUGAAACCUCUGCCACCCUGCAGAUCCGUCUGCGAAAGGGCCAAGUCCGGCUGCUCCCCCCUGAUGAGACAAUAUGGCUUUGCUUGGCCCGAAAGGAUGAACUGCGAUAAGCUCCCGGUGCUCGGAGAUCAAGAUCACUUGUGCAUGGAUUACAACAGGACCGAGGUGACCACUGCGUCGCCUCCCUUCUUCAAGCCCACCCUGGCCCCUAAGGGUGCCGGCGGCAACAAGAACUCUCCACCCUCUAGGGCACAUCCAGGUAACCAGCCUGCACCGCCGGGGGACUGCCCUGCCAUAUGUAGCUGCAAAGACCCUCUGAUCCCCAUCUCUAAGGAGAGUCACCCGCUCUACAACAAGAUCAGGACCGGCCGCUUGCUGAAUUGUGCCUUCCCCUGUUACGAGCCCUACUUUAACCAGGACGAGAGAACUUUCGCAACCUUAUGGAUAGGCCUGUGGUCUAUCCUGUGCUUCAUUUCCACUUUCACAACCGUCUCCACCUUCUUGAUUGACAUGGAGAGGUUCAAGUACCCCGAGCGGCCGAUCAUCUUCCUAUCGGCUUGUUACCUCUUCGUGUCCCUGGGUUACAUCGUGCGGCUGGUAGCUGGCCACGGGAACGUGGCUUGUAACAAGGACUACAACCACAUCCACUACGAGACCACGGGCCCCGCCCUCUGCACAGUGGUCUUCCUGCUCAUCUACUUCUUCGGGAUGGCCAGCUCCAUCUGGUGGGUCAUCUUAUCUUUCACCUGGUUCCUGGCGGCGGGCAUGAAAUGGGGGAACGAGGCCAUCGCGGGCUAUUCCCAGUACUUCCACAUGGCGGCUUGGCUCAUCCCCAGCGUGAAGUCCAUCGCCGUGCUAGCCCUGAGCUCCGUGGACGGCGACCCUGUGGCCGGCAUCUGCUACGUGGGCAACCAGAACUUGGACAACCUCCGGGGGUUCGUGCUGGCCCCUUUGGUGGUCUACCUGUUCACCGGGACAACCUUUCUCCUGGCCGGAUUUGUCUCUCUCUUCAGGAUACGGAGCGUCAUCAAACAAGGGGGCACCAAGACGGACAAACUGGAGAAACUGAUGAUUAGAAUUGGGAUUUUCACCGUGCUGUACACCGUGCCCGCCACCAUUGUCGUGGCUUGCUUCAUCUACGAGCAGCACUCCCGGGAGAGCUGGAAGGCGGCGCUGAGUUGUCCCUGCCCCGGGGCUGGAGAUGACCCCAGGCCGGAGUACGCCGUCUUCAUGCUGAAAUACUUCAUGUGCCUGGUGGUGGGCAUCACCUCUGGCGUGUGGAUUUGGUCCGGGAAGACGUUCGAAUCGUGGCGACGGUUCACCAGCAGAUUUUGCCGGGGCAGGAAGCUGACCGGGACGUCCAUGUACAGUCAGGCCAGCACCGCAUUGACAACCAGGGCUGGAGCAAUCGGCACGGCCACCUACCACAAGCAACUCGCCCUCUCGCACGCCUGAUGCUUGGGUGCUGGUCAGAGAGCCACACGUGCUUAUAUAUAUUGUAAAUAAAUAACGUAUAUUAUAUAUAGACCGAGGUACACCCAGCCGAGGUCAUGGUUUAUCUGGUGAGUCGAUUGCACUGUGACUUGUAUUUGAUGAGUUUCUGAAUUGCCCGCAGGCUCCCAGUCGCGGAUAACUACUUAUUAAAAACUCCCGGCAGAGAGGCUGCAAAACAGCGGUGCUAGAAAGCGAGGCGAACUCUCCAGUUUGCGUUUGCGACCUGCCCGAGUUUCAUCCGCACUGAGCUAGAGUUGCGCCCUGUUCUCUCCAGGGGAGUUGGUCUAAAGAGACCCCCAGCCGCCCCCUUCCAUUGCCUUGUGGCUGUCAACACACCAGGACUGUGAUGUGAAGCCCAUGGCGCUGAGUCUCAGUCCCAGCCAUGUCGUGCCGUGUCUUUUGGGUGAUGUUUAACCAGAAUGAACUCAACAAUAAUCCAGGUCUCCAGGCCGUCCCCACCUUAAUUAAGUUCUUGUUUGGUCCUAAUGCCGGCGGAAAACGUUAUGAGGCGAGAGCCCCUCCCACUGUCACCUGACCUGGAGACUCUGUUAUAGAGCGAUUCAGUGUGGAAACAGGCCCUUCGGCCCAACCUGCCCACACCGGCCAACAUGUUCCAGCUACACUAGUCCCACCUGCCCGCGUUUGAUCCAGAUCCCUCCAAACCUGUCCUCUCCAUGUACCACGUACCUGUUGAGAAACGUAAACAGGGAUUUGGCCGGACUGACCUGAGCGCCCAUUCCAGAGGCCAGUGCCUCAAAGACCAUUCAUCAUCUGGCUCACAGCAAGGUGAAGGGUUCCAUUACAUUACAUUCGUAAUAGUCCCGUGUCUUGCGGGGAAGGGACGUGACAAAUAAACCAGAGGUGAUCAUAAAGUUCAUUUUAAAGCAGCCAGCUUCUAGUGUUAAUAGAGCAAACCCCGACCCCUUAAACCCAACCAGCCCGGUAUUAAUGUUAAUCACUUCUUAGACAGAGGAUCCCUAAAUUUAAGAGUAAAUUGGAGUAAGAAUGAAAAAAUAAUCAGGCUACAGGUGAACUGGCAGCAAAAUAAUCCAGACAUAGAAACAUAGAAAAUAGACGCAAGGGCAGGAAGGAGUCUUGUUGCUGCAGCUGGUUUAAUCGGGAAGGUUUUUGCUUUGUAAAUGUGACCACAUUAUCUAAUGAAAGGGAGAGCAAAGAAAACACACAAGUAGUGAUCAAAUGCAGAGCAUGUCGUGACAACUGUGUCUCCUGUUAGGCUGCUGCUGGGCUCUAUAGUGUCCAGGAUUGUCUGUAAUCUUUUGUGGAGUGUUAAAGCUAAAUUAUGUUGACUGGGUAGCUGGAAUCUAUUGUUCCUGCGAUCUGCUUCGCUUGCUUGUGGUUUGGACAAGGUCUGCUUGCUCAGGCACAUUAUAUAUUUGCACCUUCCCCUGCAUUUGGACCUUUUCUAUUGGGGAACCCCAUUCAAAUUCUGAUUCAAUUUACUCAAUUUGUUAUUCACUUUUAUUUUUGGCAGUACGAUAAUUCACUGCUAAUUGGUUUCUUGCAGUUGUAAGUAUCAUUCCACAGCGGGAUACCUUGUUGAAUUUUCUAUUUAGCUAUUGAUUCUGAUUUUAACUUAGAGAUACAGCCCGGAAACAGCCCCUUCAGCCCACUCAGUUUCUGCUGACCAUCAAACACCCAUUUACACAAAACUGACAGAAAUCUCAUUUUUAAUUCUCCGCAUAUUCCCAUCAAUUCCCCAAUCUCUCACCAACACACUUGAAGGAAACCAGAGUGCCCAGGGUAUCGCACACAGUCACAGGGAGAAUGUGCAAACUCCACAGACAGUACCAGAGGUGGGGAUUGAACCUGGGACUACUAGCAGUGUCACGGAUUUAAGGAGAAUGUUUGUAAGGAACAGAAAGUUGAUCUAUAUCGGGACUUGAUCUAUAUCGGUGCUGGAGGCUUGUACACACAAACGCUGCAAACCGUGCUGGCUGUACAAACAUGUUGGGCAUCACAGUGGUGCCAGCAUUUAUCCUGGAAGAGAUGUGGACCCAGGCAAAGAGCUCCUUCAAACCACUUUACUGUGAAAGCAUGACACUAAUCCAGUCCUCAUACAUACAAUUGCUUAGAAAUUUAUAACCCUUCUUUUUUCAGCUGUUUGAUUGAGAAUAGGAGGUUUGUUUGGCAUGAAAUUUAAUUCAAACUGUUUUCAGGUUAUUUGGGAUCUGGAGAUUCAAGUCACAUUGCAAUUUGUUUUUGCAGGGCACAGGGGCUAACAUGUGAUCCCUUUGGACCAUUUUACGGGAAUGUGGUCCAUAUUGUCCUGGGAGGGUGAUCAGUCAGAGGAAGAAUGGGUGUGUAGCUUCCUCUUUAGGCUGAAUAUCCUGCAGGUUCCAAUCUCUUUUGGCUCCUCGCACUUAUUACAAGUUAAAGGUGUAGUCAUGGGCAUCGCAUGGACUCCGACUAUACCUGCCUUUAUGUUGGUUACUUUGAACAGCCCAUUUUCCACUGGCACCAACUCUUUCUCCACUAUAUCGAUGAUUGUAUCGGGCUGCCUCCUGCACCUGUGCAGAACUCGUUGAUUUCAUUAACUUUACCAGUAACUUCCAC